AUGAGGUAAUAUCAUCUCUCUGGGCUCCAGUUUUCAAGAGCUCGCAAAAGGUUCUUUCGAAAACCCAAGGGCUAAUUCUCCCAUCUAAGGACAGUUUCAAAAGUUCGUUUAAUCUUCUGUAUUGCUCUAGAUUUAUCAGAUUUGGUUGAUCCGCUGGUCCUGAAAGGGAGCUCGGUGCGGGAAUUUGGCGCUUGCGUAGAUACCCUGGGCUUAAACAGGGCCUAUGCGGGGCUAAAAAUUGCGUAUCGAGUGAUCGGCGGUAGCAUCCACGGGUGCUACUGACCGACAGAAGAGGGAUCUGAAUGGUUUUGGCCUGCUUAAAGUUUCAAAAAGCCGACUUUCGCCCCACAGCAACAACUCAACAAUUUCUUUUUCAGCAGCACCUCGAACUACAGUACAUCGGAGUUUAGCCAAGUAACCACGUCCUCUGACGGCAGCUGCGUCGACGUCGACGUCGCAGACCUUUUCAAUGGAAUAGUGAGCUCAAAAACGUUCUUUAUAGAGCUGAGCAUCCCAGAACUCGUAUGAAGUCAACCUCUCGCGUCUUGAAACACCUAGGACGACGUCAAGUUCGGCCAGCGGCGUCUCGAAAUCUUCUUCGAUCGAUCGCCGAGCCUAUCGAGAUGACAAAGCAUGCGAUUACGUUCUGUGAGUUUCGUCAAAUAUCCCAAAAUAAUCUUCUGUUUUCAGUGAGCUCGGGUCAGACCUCGGCGCGUUCGCCUUGUUCAAAGGUGGCCGCUCCCGUGGACCUGCCAAGGCCAGGUCGAAGGCCUCGAACCUCUCGAAAGAAGUCCCCCACACUGUCGCCGACGUCUUCUGCGGCGUCCUGACUCGAGCCGAAGCCGAGCAAAAAGUUUGGCUCGAAAAGUUGCUCCAUUGACAAUCUUCUCCAGGCGUCUCACCGUGCACCGACCGUUUUGUACUACUUGAACGAAAACGAGGAGACUUUGCCGGUGAACUUGAAGAUGCACAUGGCGAUCCGUCGGCGUGACGGAAAAAUUGGGUACAUUCCUCGGGGGAAGACUUGAGUUUCGCUUGGUUUUCCAGGCACUAUAACGUGGUCCACGAGGUGCUGCAGGGCUGGAAGUGCUUCCGACUCGAAAAAGACGACGAACCGAGAUUCCCGACCCUCGACGGCCUUGUUUCCCACUAUUUGCUAAUGGCUAAGGUUAAUAAUCUUUAGAUUUUCCGUCACCCCUUAAACUCCGCCCCUUUUGCCGUAGAUCAAACUAGAGGGCGUUGUUGGGGGCGCAGUUCAGAAAAGGCAGGAUAGAUGUUGGUACUACAUUUUCCACGACUUGAAAAAAGAUUCUGAUCGCGUUUGGAAGGGCACAAAGUGCAUAGGCGGUAUGAAAAAAGCGGAAAAGACUCUAAAUUAGCAAAAUCUCUGUUAAUUUAUAACUUCUGACCUUCAGAACCACACUAGCGACAGCAAAAUGACGUCAACAAAAUCUUCGAAAAGUGGAACCCGCACCGCCGAAGUCAUCCAUUGA